AUGGCAGAUUUGGUGGAGCUCUUUUAGAUCUUUCAUUUGGCUGCUGUUACCUGCUUUUUGUACCUGCAUUUUAUCAGAAAGAAGAAAUAAUGCAGUUUUGUCUGUUUUUUAGGAAGUAAAAUUGUACAAGAAUGCAAGAGAAAGAGAGAAGUAAGUGAACAUUGACUGUAAAUUAAUGAUGUAAGCUUUUCACAAUCCAUGAAGGUGAAAUGUUAAAAUUGAGCAUUGUUCUUGUAUUAAUCAAGGUUUGACAACAUGGCAGAGCUGUUUGCUGUGGUGAAGACACUUCAGGCCCUGGAGAAAGCUUACAUCAAAGACUGUGUGACCCCUAAUGAGUGAGUUUACACUCUCAUUGGUUUUGUACGCAUGUGUGUGUAUGUGUCAUAGACUGUAAAUAAAGGUGUGUGUGUGUUAGAAAAUCUUGUUUGUAUAUGUAUGAGAUUGUUUCAAAAUUUGAGUAUGAGAAUCUGUUUUGAGAUUGAUUACUCUGUGUUUCCGUCAGGUACACGGCUGCUUGCUCCAGGCUACUGGUGCAAUACAAGGCUGCUUUCAAACAGGUCCAGGGAUCUGACGUGGGUUCUAUCGAUGACUUUUGCAGGAAGUACAGAGUGAGUUUAUAUCAGUCACACUGCUUUGAGUAGAGUGCCGGUCUUGCAGAUAGAUGUAAUCCAUUCAAUGUAAUGUAUAGUGGCUGAUCCCAGAUGUGUAUGUGCUUUAGGCAACUCUGCUGGCUGCUGAGCUAUAGAACAAUGUCUGAAUAUGAGUAAAUUGGUUUGUCAUAUAUUGUUCUCCUCUCCCUUCUCUUUUAUAUUAGCUUGACUGUCCGCUAGCUAUGGAGCGAAUCAAGGAGGAUCGACCAAUCACCAUCAAGGAUGACAAGGGCAACCUGAAUCGCUGCAUUGCAGAUAUUGUAUCGGUAGGUCUCUUCGCCAUGCCCAUGACAUUAAACACUGACUAAGUGAUUUAAAUCCCAGGGUUCACUUUGGGCUUUUGGCCAACAUUGAAGCCUUUGCGGCCCCAUGUCGAUUGAAUAAUAAAGUGCAUUCUGUUUCAGCAUGAAGUCAUUUUCUUAAUUUGAAUCAUUCUCUGACUCGUCCCAGAACACUGUUGCUGCACCCUUAAGUGCCACAGCAAAUUGCAUCCCACAUCAAUCCUGCCAAGAUCCAACAGGGCCGCUGAACAGAGAGGAACUACUUGAUAUGCUGGCAUCAUAGGACAUAUAACGCUCAAACUCUUUCAUAAGCUCGGACUGAUAGGACCACCCGUUUUAAAGAGUAUGCUUGUGCUGCAGUAAAUUUCAGGUUGCUGACAGACAGUGAAAUAGUCAGUGAAACAUUUAUUGGCCUCUCUGUUUCUCCUCUCUUAUCCCCAGCUCUUUAUCACUGUGAUGGACAAGCUACGUCUGGAGAUCCGGGCCAUGGAUGAGGUAAAUAGAUCGGACUGAGACAAAUGACAAUGAACAUCAACAUAUCACCUAUAAUUAGGGCUGGGAAAAUCUCAGGUUCCCUAUUUAUAGUCUACAUAGCCCAGUUUGAAUAUUUUUGUCCAUUUAUUGGCAAAAGAUCUGAUUGGUCAAAACACCAUUAGUUGGCAAAAGAUCUGAUCUGAUCAGAAUUGGGCUGCCUGUGUAAACGCAGCCAUAUAACCUGUCAGGUAAAGUGGUUAGGAACAACACCAGGCCCUAUGUUUGAUUGUCUGAUUUAUUGGUUUGAAUUGUUCAGAUCCAACCAGACCUGAAAGAGCUAAUUGAGACCAUGAACAGAAUGAGCAACAUGCCCCCAGACAAUGAGGCCAAGGACAAAGUCAGCCUCUGGUAAAGAUAUACCUCACUUACACACAUUUAAGGCUGGUUUCCCUGACACAGGUUAAGCCUAGUCUUAGACUAAGAAGCACUUUCAAUGGAGAAUCCUCAUUGACCAUGCUCUUUAGACUAGGACUAGUCUAAAUCUGUGUCCGGGAAACCAGCCCUUGUUGUCUAAGAAGGACAAAGUAGACUUAACACUAAAAUAGUAUAGUAAUUCAGAAGGUAAAGGGUUGCUUGUUCUCCUCUGUAGGUUGACCACUCUCAGCAGCAUGUCAGCCUCUGAUGAGCUGGACGACUCCCAGGUUCGCCAGAUGCUGUUUGACCUGGAGUCAGCCUACAAUGCCUUCAACCGCUUCUUACACUCCUCCUAA